UUACAUAAUAUCUUGCUGGUCAAGAUGCAUCAAUCAUCAACACGAUUAAUGCGAAUGACAGCAGAUGGUCGUCCUUUUACUAAUGAUUAUAAAGACUUGUUUUCAACAUUAAUUGCAAGUCUUUCUCUAAAUACACAUCGUGUACACUUUAAAACAUUUCCUUUUUCAUUUACUACAGAAGAAGCGCUUGCCAACUUACGUUAUCUUAAACUUACGCAUUCAACACGAUUACCAGAUGCUAAGGAUCCAUCUAGAAUUCUUGUUACGACAAGCACCACUACGUUUAGUAUGGCAGAAGAUAUUGCAAAAUUAUUAUGUCAAAGAUUUAUUCUUUCUCACUUUAUUGAAUCAGUCAAUGAAAAAAAUCUCACUAUUUUUAAAGAUAAAGCUAUUUGGAAAUUAACGCCAAAAGGAAUUGCAAUUGUAUCGCGAUUUGUUAAGCGAAAUGGUGUGGAUACACCAGUGAUAAAUGAUCUUCUUGCAUCUCCUUAUAAUACAAUGCAACUUGUAAUUCUUGAACGAGAUCCAGAAACAGAUGCCAUACUACAGGAUCCUUUUAUGAUAGAAAUAAUAUUUCGACAUUUUGUUGGCAUAAAACCAAAUAUUGUUUCUUCGAACAUUCAAGAUUCUCCAGAUGAUUAUACCGAUGGGAUUGUCGGUGUCCGUAUUAUUGAACAGAAAUUUAUUGAAUCUUCUCGUUAUUGUUUUAAUGGGCUAAGUGCAUUUCUAUGGCUUAUGAGAUGCUGUACUACUAUAACAUAUAGAGAGGCAAUAGAAAUUGCUACUAUAUUUAUCAAUCAAAAUUUAAUUAUUCGUGAAAAUACAGAAUCUCCUUCUAAAAGUGAUAGUUUUAAAUUCAGUUCUUCUAAGAAUGAUAUAUAUAUGCUUACUGAUAAGGGAUUUUCAAUUUCAGGAUGGAAAGACUUAGAUGUUUAUUCAAUUAGCACAGUAACUACCAAAUCAAAAUUCUUCUUCAUUGGAGCUAAUCGUAAGAAACAAACCACAAUAAAAAACAUACGGCCCAAAAUUAUACAAAAAACUGAUCCAGAAUCGUAUUUAACAUUUCAAAAAGAUAUUUUUUAUGAUAUUAAUACAGGCCUUCUAAAUAAUGAGACGAAUCACAAACGUCUUUUUAUCAUUUUAAAUGAUCCAGCAUUGCGUUUUCAAUUCAGAAUAUUUUUGCAAGAAAACUAUUGCGAAGAAAAUCUUUCUUUUUAUUUCGAGUCUAUACAAUUUUUUCAACUUGCUGAGCAUGCUAUAGAUCCUAUAUCUAUUCAAGAAUCUUUAACAAAAGCUUAUGAUAUAUAUAAUGCAUUUCUUGUGGAAGGAUCGCCUUGCGAGCUUAAUCUUGAUUAUGCAUUAAAACAAAGUCUAGCAGAUUGCAUGACAACAAUUGUAUUAAAUGAUAAUGAAACUAUGAAAAAUACUUUAGAUUCUGUUGUAAAGCUUUUCGAUAAAGCACAGAAACAAAUACUUAGGCUAAUGGCAAGAGAUUCUGUUCCAAAAUUUCUUCAAUCGGCUACUCAGCUUAAAAAUGAUACCAAUCAAUUUCAAGAAUUCAUGAAACCAACCUUCUCAACUCAUCCUAUUUCUCAAACAUCAUAGUCUUCUUUUUUAAACAGAUAAAUAUAAGUAUUCAAAUCUAAAUCUAUU